CACAUGUAACGUUACAGUAGCGUGAUGCUAAAGAUGGAUCUGUAAACUUCUUAAACUGUCUUUAGUGUUUCUCCUCCUCCUCGUUUAAACUCUACAUUAAUGAAACUUCGUUCGUGGCUUUAUGUGCGAUAAACCAUGAGGAACCGCGGCGCUUAUAAUGUAGACCCGAGACUCAAACACCGAGUCCAUCAGUUCCUGAAGACACACGAUGAUCAGUAUGUGGAUAUUUCAGCCAUGGCCUCUGAGCUUCAGCAACAGUUCAGGACGGAGUACGGCCGCAGGAACAGGACCGCCUUCAGGAUUCAAGUGGAAAAAGUGUAUGCAGUGAUAUGCAGCGAGUCUGACAUCUGUGUCCUGGAGAACACACACCUGGCCAAGCGAGCGCGGCGCAGCCGAGAGGACGGGGACGCCAGCGAGGGCAGCACUGACAGCGAGGACGAGGUCCCCGAACACGAGCACACGAACCUGAUGAACAGCUCUCUGACGUCCCUGUACCAGAGCGGAGCGAGCGGCUCGACGCCUCGGAGGAGCGAGGGCUGGGUCCUGGACCACACAGGAGAACCACAGGACAACAUCUGCAUCGACCUGUGUGAGGACGAGGCCGCCAGCACUGCGAGGCAGAGGAACCCUUCGAAGAAACCGAGAUCGAAGAGCGGAAAGCUGAAGAGGAUGAAGAAGAACACGCAUGAGGAGGACGAGGAGAUCAGUGACGCAAUACUGCAGAAGAAGAGGAAGAUCACGGCCCACGAGCUUCAGCACUCUCCUGUGAAGUUUGAGGAUUUCGGAGGCAGUGAUGAAACUCUGCAGGAUGUGUGUAAGCUGCUGAUCCACAUGAGGCAUCCGGAAGUGUACCAGCGGCUCGGAGUCGUUCCUCCGCGGGGAUUCCUCCUUCACGGGCCGCCGGGGUGUGGGAAAACACUGCUCGCUCAAGCUGUGGCCGGAGAGACGGGUUUGCCCAUGCUGAAGGUCUCUGCGCCGGAGCUGGUGUCUGGAGUCUCUGGAGAGUCGGAGCAGAAGAUGCGGGAACUGUUCGAGCAAGCCAUAAGCAGCGCUCCCUGUAUCCUGUUCAUCGACGAGAUCGAUGCCAUCACCCCGAAGCGAGAGAUCGCCUCCAAAGACAUGGAGCGAAGGAUUGUUGCUCAGCUUCUCACCUGCUUGGACGACCUCAAUUCGUUAUCGGAGCCGGCUCAGGUGCUGGUGAUCGGAGCCACGAACCGCCCGGACUCGCUGGACCCGGCCCUGCGGCGCGCCGGCAGGUUUGACCGGGAGAUCUGUCUGGGGAUUCCUGACGAGGGCGCGCGCCUGAAGAUUCUGAGGACUCUCUGCCGGAAGAUCACGCUGCCGGAGGACUUUGACUACAGACAGCUGGCGCGACUCACGCCCGGUUAUGUGGGCGCAGAUUUGAUGGCGCUGUGUCGCGAGGCGGCCAUGACCACCGUCAACCGAAUCCUGCUGAAGUCCAGCAGCGAAGACGACACUCCACCGAAAUGUGAGCUGGAGCAGCUGUUGUCUUUGCUGAAGACGAACGAGUCUCUGAGCGAGGAGCAGCUCUCUGGACUCUGUGUCCUCAUGUCGGACUUCAGGUCGUCGUUAGCCAGUGUCCAGCCGUCCGCGAAGCGCGAGGGUUUCGCCACCGUGCCGGACGUGACCUGGGAAGACGUGGGCGCCCUGCACGACAUCCGCGAGGAGCUCAACAUGGCCAUCAUGGCUCCCAUCAAUAACCCGGAGCAUUUCCGAGCUCUGGGUCUGAGUGCGCCGGCUGGAGUGCUGCUCGCCGGACCGCCCGGCUGCGGGAAGACCCUCUUAGCCAAAGCGGUCGCUAACGAGUCCGGCUUGAACUUCAUCUCCGUCAAGGGUCCAGAGCUGCUGAACAUGUACGUGGGAGAGAGCGAGCGAGCGGUUCGUCAGGUCUUCCAGAGAGCCCGUAACUCUGCACCGUGUGUGAUCUUCUUUGAUGAGAUCGAUGCGCUGUGUCCUCGUCGCUCAGAGCAUGAGUCAGGAGCCAGUGUUCGUGUGGUGAACCAGUUGCUCACCGAGAUGGACGGCAUGGAGAACCGCCGGCAGGUUUUCAUGAUGGCCGCCACCAACAGACCAGAUAUCAUUGACCCGGCGGUGCUGAGACCCGGACGGCUGGAUAAAACCCUGUAUGUGGGUUUGCCGCCCGCCGCGGACAGACACGCCAUAUUACUCACCGUCACUAAAGGAGGCACCAAACCACAUCUAGAUCCAGAUGUCAAUCUUGAGGAAAUUGCCCAUGAUGCACGUUGUGAGAGUUUUACAGGUGCAGAUCUGUCGGCGCUGGUGCGAGAGGCGAGUGUUAACGCUCUGAGAGUUCACCUGAACACUGGACCAGCUCAAACACACACAGAGCCAGUGAAGGACAUCAGAGUGAGCCGAGUUCACUUCGAAGACGCCUUCAAGAAGGUGCGGCCGUCCGUGUCCAAGAAGGAGCAGUUAAUGUAUGAGAAGCUGAAGGACACUCUCACGAGAUGACGAGCGCUGAUGAACAGUCCAACAGGAAGACGACGCUGAUAAACUCACACAGCGACUGGAGAUUCAGCUCACGGAAGACUAACAUCUUUACACAAUCAAAGAUUUAAUGAAAUUAUAUAUGCAAUAAACUGUAUAUAUGAAGGGAAGGUUCAUAAAGUGUUUUAACAGGAACAUUACAUGAGAUGA